UGACAUUACCAUUUUUGCGACAUACCUCAAAGCGAUUUGGCAGUUUUCUAAACAUGGCGGCCGUGGCUAACCAAGGCCGGGGUUAUGUUAGAAGAAUUCGAGUACGGCAUGAAAGCGGAGAAGAAGUUGUGCGAUUGAAAUUUGAUAGAGACCCUGCAGAAAAUGUGAAAGAGAUCCUGACUCAUGUGGUGGUGCAACAUGGUGUCAGCAAAGCUCGAAAGCUUGCGUACUUGAACAGUUUUGUAAAACUCAUUCACAAACAGGCAGAGGAGCGGGGACUUGGAGUUGGCAGCAUAGAGAUCCUAGCUUGUCUUCAGAUUGGUUUGCUGCAUGAGGCAAAAGAAGUCCGAGCAGCCACUUUACGGGUGUUGCGGCACUUGCUACAGGCAGAUGACAUGCUCAGCUCCUUUCUAGCAUUGCGUAUGGACUAUUUGGUUAUGAGGAGUCUAGAUGUCUGCCUUGACAACGAGAUUGAACGCAUUCAUGCCAUCAAGCUGAUACGGCAGUUGAACACUGUUGCACCUGAAAAACUGCCUCGUUCCUUGCUUUUUUCCAUUGUUGCUAUUGGUAACAAUGGUGCUAGUGAGAGGGACCAGUUUGUCAGGGUGUGUUUGGCAACACUCUGCGAGAUAGCUUUCCGCAAUGUGGAUCUGGUAUCAAAGUGUGGUGGGAUCAGCACGUUACUAUGGAACAUUCUAGAUUGUCAUCAGUUUCCACGUCUUAAUGAGUCCUUGACCUGCACUGUUCUCUAUCUUAUGAAUCAUCCUCGCAGCCGUGUGUACAUUCGAGCCAACACUGAUCUGGAGCAACUUCUGGCACCACUAACAGAUAGCCAUUUUCGCUACAGUGGUGAGUCAUCUGAUCAAACUAGAAGUGAUGACCGCGAAACGAGGUUCAUUGCCAGCAAAAUGGCUGCCAUCACAUUGAUGCAAUCUUGGCCAGGCCUUAUACGCUUGUGCCACCCUGAAGGAUCAGGUUUGCAGUCUUUGAUUGGAAUUCUUUAUUUACCAUAUAUCGAGAUAAGGAAAUAUAUUCUGGAAUUAAUAUCAGAUUUGUUUCGCUUGCCACUUCCGGACUGGACAGAUGACUUUCAUGCAGCCUUGCUGAGUGUAGACCCAUGUGAAAUGAAAGAUUCUUGGAAACUGUCUGAAGGUUUUGUGGCAGAGGAAGGUCGAUCACUUCUGCCUCAUUGUGCAGCUACCAGACCUAAUCUGAUAGACAACCACCUCGCUCUUCUAUUGAGUGCCUGGAUCAGUGCUGGAGUACUAGAGGCAUUGAUAGAAGUGAUCACAACAAGUGAGGGAGCUCUAUUUGUGCGAGCAGUCAUUCUCUUGGGUGAACUGCUGUAUGUGGCCAAUGCAUUACUGCCAUCCGAGUGCUGCAGUCACAGUCACUGUCUGCCUUCUCUCCUGUCCCUGGCUUCUAUGCACAACACCUCUGACAUCAAGCAACAACGAGCUUCUGUGGCCAUGCAACAUCUCAGCUCAUUUCACACCAUGAAGAAACGAGGGUUUGUGCCCUGUAGCCUUUUUCUAGACCAGUUGCUUCAUUUUUCUGGCAAGUUUAUGGAGAUCUCCAGUCGUCGCUGGCACCUGCAAAGGGAAAAACUGUCAGAAUACUACUUUAAAAAAAUGCAAAAUGAUGAGCACAUACAGCGCGUUCUGCGAGACAGUUUGGUGUUACAGACAAAAGAAAACGCCAAGUGGCAGUGGGAUCUGAUAUGUUGUAUUCUUAAGUGGCCAGAUGAAAGAUUGAGAAAGCUUGAGGACCAGACUUAUGUCAGAUUUUUGCGGCGGUUACUUUUCUUCUUCAAGCCCACCAACCAUUUGUUUUCUCACAUGAAAAUCAAUUCUGAACUGGGCCAUAAAAUAUGUCUUGUGGGCUGCUACUUUGUUGAGUUCCUUGUCAGUGUGUCACAGGAGGAGACCCAAAAGAUGAUCACAGAACUUUUGAUAGACAUUGCCCAAUGCUUGACAGAGGUAUCAACCCAACGAGCUGUACCAGAGUCAGUGUUUGGAGCAAACAGCAUCUAUGACACCCUUAGCCAGUACUACUUUCUCUUUUUGGGAUGCUUUUCUACUACCAGGAAUGGUACAGUCCACUUGGAAAAGACAGGAGUCUUUCAGAGUCUGCUGGAGAUCAUGUCGCCCAUGGCACAGGAGAUGUAUGUCAAGCUGAUAGUGUCUUCUCUCAGCUACAGUUGUCAUGGUUCAGCACAGGCUGUGUUGUCCAAAGCUCUGACAUCUACACCUGAGAACUGCCGCCUGUAUGCCACAAGACUUCUGCGUGUGCUUCUUCGUUCUGGGAUGCAGGGUUUCAACACAUGGGGCUUAGAGCUUCUAGUGACGCAGCUGUAUGACCAGAGCAAAUCUGUUGCCAUGGCUGCCCUUACCAUCUUGGAUGAAGCCUGCGAUAUAGAGGUCAACCUUCAACAGUUAAUACGGCUCAGGCCCUCACUGCUCCACCUAGGUGAGCGUGGUGUUUUGCUUCUGUGCCGCUUUUUAUCUCUUCCAUCUGGUUUUCGAACACUACGAGAUGCGAAUUUUCUCACUGGUGAACUUGAAAAGUGGCGGAAGACCUACAACACUCGGUAUGUUCACAUUGUGGAGGAGAUGCUGAACGAAGCACUAACUACAUAUGAGAAGCCAAACCGUGGCAUGUUCAUGAGGCGUUCCAUGCUGAAAGGUCCCAAGAAAGAUGUCUUUCUACCAACACACCUUUAUGGACAGCUGGUACAGCAUGAGGAAGGCUUGGAGCUGCUGAAGAAAGAGGGUGGCAUACAUGAAUAUUUCUCAGUCAUUCGGUCUCUAGAACUGCGAGAAGACUCAGACAUCUUGAAGUUAAAGACUGCAUUGUGGGCUGUGGGACACAUAGGAUCCUCAGCCUAUGGUGUAAGUGUUUUGGAGGAGGAGAAUGUGGUUCCUGAGCUCAUUCGACUGGCUGAAGAAUGUGGUGUUUUCUCCAUCAGAGGAACUGCUUUCUAUGUGUUGGGACUUGUGGCCUCCAAUCGACGAGGUACUGAUAUACUUGUGGAAUAUGGAUGGGAAUCACAGUGCCGUACUCGAGCAGAGGCCUGGCCUGUGUUGGAUUACCAAGGCUUGACUCCCGAGUCAUUUGGAGAGGCCAUUCGUCUGUCAAAAUCCAGCAGCAUGCCAGUUGAGGUGGGGCGGAUGUCCUCUCAUGGGUCCACUCAUCUGUCCUUCAUCAAAGAAGAGAAUGUUCGGCUGGAUCACAAUGGUGAUCCUGCUCGUGAGGCUGAGAUAGUGUCUGACAGUGGCCUGUCCAUUGCUGUCAGGUCUGAGCACACAUGCUCUGGCAAAGAGAACAACAACAACAACAGCCUUUUUUCAUCAGUGAUGGAACAUGAACUGAAUAUGCCAAGGAGUACAACUUUACCAGGCGAGUCUCUCUCUCUUCAGAAUUUUCCAUCAGAACACACAAGGUCGUUUUCUGAACGACACAUUGGUAAGCAUUGCUUACCUUUGGGGCAGUUAUCAAAGCAAGCUUAUGAACGAGCAUGCAGUAUACAUACAAAACAAGGGCAAAACAGUGUAAUAUUACCACAGAAUAUAGAUAUGAGAUUUCAGGAGGUGGUUUCUGUAGAAGACUCUAGUUGGAAUCAGAACAGCUCUUCAUACCAAACAUGUGAACUUGUGGCUUCACCAGUGAUACAACUCGCUGACUCAGUCGAUGAGCCAGCUACCUCAGAAAUCUGUGAUAACAAAAGCAAAGAAGCUAUUUUUCAUAUUGGAAGUGUAGGGGAGAGUGGCAGUGGUAGCAGCAGCAGUGGCGGUGGGGUGACCGCUCAAAAGGAAGACCACAGCAGCAGCGACAUUUCGCAGCGCAGCAAGAGCCGAGCCAGCAGCUUCAACACUGACUCCACGACCAGCGGUGUUAGCUCAUGCGAGUCCAACAUGGCACAGGGGACAUCUGCAGUUUUAUCUUCUCUCAGCCCUAUUCCUUCCUCUUCUUCUAUCAGCACACUCUCUGCCACACCUGCCAUGAUGCACAUAACCACCACAUCUAGCUCGGUCAGUCACAAUCAUCUUGCCAUGCAGGAGUUGGCUCAUCCAUCAGCAGCACAACGACGUCUCAACAGACUGACUCGUAUCCCCAGUCUGCAUCGCCGCCCAGCCUCCCAAGCAAUUGGGUCAUUGCAGUCGUUGCCGGGCAGUGUUUUCUCCACGUACCGUGAUGUGCUCGGUUAUGCUACUCUUCGGCACAUUCGAAGACAGCGUGCUCACAGCAAUUCGGAUGCUGAAACAGAAGGGAGCAGACUACAUGAGGGUGUGCCUGAAUCCUUUAUCAAGCGCACCAUUAGUAUGGAAUCAGACACGAGUGUGGACAGCAAUAUAUGGCUAAGCAUUCGGCGAAACGUGAGCAGUGCAUCUCUGGCAGAUCCUGACCACAACAAUCAGCAGUUGAUCUCAUCAAGCCUGACAUCAUUCAAACCCUUAUCUUCUCACAACCGAUUUGUUGGCAUCACUCUGCCUGUGGAUGUCAACAUGAUCUUUGAAGUGAUAGAAGGGGAAGACGGAAGAUCUACUGUCGACAAACAGAAAAGUCCAGAACAGAGCCUUGCAGAAAAGCUAGCAGAAGUUAAAGUGUCAGUUCCAGUCCAUAUUCCACCUCUCACAAAAGAAGCAACCUUUGAGCAUAGUAAAGACAUGUGUCUGCUGUGUACAUGGACAAGACAACGAUGCUUCAAGACUGAUGAUGCAGGAAGAGGCUUACGUGACAUUUCAAAUGUAAACUCUGAGGUGGAUAGUGCAGAAAGGAAGGAUUCACAGAUUGAAACUGUGGCAGCGUCAAAAAGAGAUUACCGCUUAAGAGGUGGAAGCAUGAAUGAACAGUCAUCUUCUGCAACACCUGGCAGCCAAACUAGCACCACGAGCUUCGACUCAGCUAGCAAAAAGCUAACAGAGGACAACGAAGAGGGGAGGCGACUCAUCCGCAGUGAAGUUUUACGGCUGAUUGUAAAUCUUAGCAGCUCUGUGGGGCUAAAGGCAUCAGAGCAGGGACUGCUGAGCCUUAAGCAGCAGUUUCCAUCCAUGUUCAAGGAUAUAUGCUUCUUCUCUGAAGUGUGCCUGCUGCUGUCUUCCUAUUCAUUCCGGCUGAAUUAACGUCGCUUCAUUCAGGAAUUGUUUGAUGAGAUCAACAUCACCAAGCUUGUGGAAGGUCCUAAGGCAUUUCUUGGCAUCACUGAUGACAACGGUCCCCGCAUGGCACCUAUUCGCCAGGACAGCAUGGACAGCUUUAAGGACUUCUCCUGACAUCUGAAGGUGCUGACUGGACUGUCAAAGGCUCCACCUUGUUCCUACAAAAUGCAUGCUGGGAUGGUGGCUGGUGAAUCAGCCUUCAGUAGUCUUGCAUAUCUGUCAGCAGGUCAUCUGGUAAUCAGGUGACAUGCAUCACCUGUAAUGUUAGGAUGAGCUGUUGAUUAAAUGUCUCCAGUGAGCUUGCUAGACAUUAGAUCAGCAGUCAUCAUGACAAAAGAGAAGGCAGACUUUAUUGUGGCUUAUCUGCAAUGAUGC